CUCUCCACCACCGUCUGCUAUCCAUCCUCCCUGUCAUCUGCGACGCACGACUGCCUUCCAUGUCGUUGCGCCACCCCGUCCGCGAGCGUGACGUCCGGCUGCACGACCCGCAUGCUCCGCCGCCUCCGCCGCCCGGUCCGUCAGUGCAAGGUCCGCCCAGUGCUGGCGGGCCGCCUCCACCACAUGCUGCCCACAUGAACGGAACCGUCGCGGGAGCACCGCCGCUAAGCAAUGGACAUGCUCCCCAUCCUCACGCAAUCGGUGCUAUAGGACUCUCGCCAGUCGCUGCGCCGGCCGGUCCGCCAGGUGUUCCCCAUGCGAACGGAGCGCCGCCUGUACCGAGUGCGGCGGCAGUACACCCAACACUUCAGAAGCUCUCAAAGGCAAACGAGGAAACGUGGCUUCUGAUAGGUUCAGUGGCUGAGCAGAUGGGCGACUUGGAUCGGGCCCUGUCGGCGUACGAGCGAGCGCUGCAGCACAACCCUAACUCGCUCCCUGGUCUGACACAGGUUGCGGGGAUCGCGCGGAUAAGGGAAAACUAUAGCAAGGCUAUUGAGUAUUUCCAGCGCGUGCUCCAGUUUCAGCAGGAGAAUGGCGAGGUCUGGAGCGCUCUUGGCCAUUGCUACCUAAUGCAGGAUGACCUCCAGAAGGCGUACUCUGCCUACCAACAGGCUUUGUAUCUCCUUCCCAACCCAAAGGAGGAUCCAAAGCUGUGGUAUGGAAUAGGCAUACUCUAUGAUCGCUAUGGCUCCCUUGAUCACGCCGAGGAGGCCUUUGCUUCCGUUCUGCACAUGGACAAAGACUUUGAUAAGGCGAAUGAGAUUCUAUUUCGUCUUGGCAUCAUCUACAAGCAGCAGGGCAAGUACACCGACUCGCUUGAUUGCUUUGAUCGAAUCCUUCGCAACCCGCCGAGUCCACUAGCACAUGCCGACAUCUGGUUCCAAAUCGGACAUGUCUACGAGCAGCAGAAGGAUUACAUGCGUGCGAAGGAUGCGUAUGAGCGCGUCGUCCAGGAGAACCCGGCGCAUGCCAAAGUUCUCCAGCAACUCGGUUGGCUUUACCAUCAGGAAGGAUCAGCCUUCCAAAGCCAGGACCUCGCGAUUACGUAUCUCACCAAGUCUUUGGAGGCCGAUCCAUCUGAUGCUCAGAGUUGGUACCUCCUCGGUCGAGCUUACAUGGCUGGCCAGAAGUACAAUAAAGCAUACGAAGCCUACCAGCAGGCCGUUUACCGUGACGGUCGGAACCCGACAUUCUGGUGUUCCAUCGGUGUGCUCUACUUCCAGAUCAAUCAGUACCGUGACGCACUCGAUGCCUACUCACGGGCAAUUCGCAUUAACCCGUACAUUUCGGAAGUCUGGUUCGACCUCGGUUCUCUUUACGAGAGUUGCAAUAACCAGAUUAGUGAUGCUAUUGACGCAUAUGCGCGAGCGAGUGAACUUGACCCUGGUAAUGUCAUCAUUUCACAACGUCUCCAGCUUUUGCGGACGGCACAGCAGACUGGUCAAACAGUUCAAACGUCUGCACCACUUCCACAAGACGUACACCCGACUGCUUAUGCAAGCGCUGUGGGCCCACCCGUGACGAUGUCCGGCGGCCCGCCAUUGCUCAUGUCUUCUGGCCCUACACCACGCCCGAUUUUCACUCGCACCGAAUCCCGUGAACACGGGAAUGAAAAUGGCAUGUCCCUUCCAUCACCGCACGCAACUCAUGCACCUCCUCCGUUCCGAGGGGGACCGCCGCCACCUGUAGUUCUCGACGACUCACGCCGUCCUGCUAGCCAUACCCCUCUUGCUCCUAUGGAGGUUGAUCGUGCAACGCCCCGCGAUGGCUUCCCUCCACGCGAAUCCAGCCGUUCAAGGGGACCUGGUGGAACUCCGCAGAGCCUGUUAUUACACCAUCCGCAAAAUGGCCCGCAGGUCGCUCCAGAGCACCAACGUGAUCCAGCGUACUACAGUCGUCCAUCCCGCCGGGCAGUGUCCCGCUCGGUCUCACCACCACCUCAACGCCAAAUUCGAGGGCCACCGGAACCUCGUGAAGUAGGAUAUCACGGAUAUCCUCCUGCCCCUCCGCCACAGACGAAUGGCGGCAGCGCGCCAGGAAGGCCCGGGCAGCUUUCGCAGCAUUCUCCACGAUCGUACCAAGGACAUUACGAUCCAACAGUGGCCACACCACCGCCUCCGCCUCCUUCGGAUGCAUGGGAGAGAGACCGUCGUAUGGAGAGAGAACGCUCGCGAACGGGUAGGGACUCGGAAAGAGCUGGUGUACCGCCGAAUGUACAAGGUUACUCGCAGUCUCGCGGGCCAACGUCGCCUAUGUCCGCUCAUUCGUACGAUCAUGGUCACCCGCCAUCGCGUCGGACUACAUUGGAAUCACCGUCGAUGCACAGACCGGGCAGCCCGAUGUCGCGUCAAGUGUCUGUAAGCGAACGCUCACCUGUUGUAGGACCUGGUGCUCAGGGACCUGGUAUACCACGCUGGCAAUCGAGUAACCGCUACGCAGACGAUCCGGGGCGAAGUCCACACCCGCACGCCACUUCGCCAUCUAUGACGCAUGCACACUCGCAAAUCCCGCCAUCUGGUACGCCAAGUCGGCGAUAUGACCCACGGUUUGACGAGAGUGCUCACGGUUCCCGCAUGGAGAGGCUUGACCGUCAUGAGCGAGACCGGGACCGGCUUGAACGUGAAAGGGAGUUUGAACGAGAGCGGAUGGAGUCUCGUGGUCACGCACACUCGCCUGACUCUGUCAGGAGUGCAUCUGCGAUGUCCGUGGGUGGUGGAAGGAAUGUACUUCCACCGCCGCCUAUGUCUGCAGGCUCUGCAGGCUCAGGUGAUUAUCCAGUCCCGUAUCCAGCAACGGCCGGUUCGGACAGUGUGGACAGGCGACGCGGACGUAAGAAGGAUGCGGAUGCCAUGAGUAUUAAUGGACCACCUACGCCAGCACCUGGCUCUGCUGGGUCAUCGGCCGCUUCGAAUGACAAGAGGAAGCAGCGUAGCGGAGGUAGACGAACGAGAAAAGAUGGGUCCGAAAGUAAUGCCGGUUCUCGUGCACCGUCUGUUCAGCCCAGUUCGUUCAGAGUUGCUCCAUCGAGUGCAGGUCCCAUCAAGUCGCCUCCAUCUCCGGAGCCGAGAUCCUCAGCAAGCGCCUCGGGUUCAAGUGGAAGAUCGAGUAGGCCGUCACCAAUCGGUAAUGCCCUUCCGUCUGGUGGACUUCCGCGUCGAGAAGUCGACGAGGACUAUGAUGAAGGUGUUGCAGAGUCGCUGAUGAGCCUUGCUGCAUCAGGGGGUUCUGCUGCUGGACCUGUCUCUCCGACUGUCAGUGUUGGGGGUCGUAUACGCCAUGUAAGUCCGCCUCCGAACUCUAAGAAUUCGGUUGGCUCAGCCGGUCAUUCGCCUCAGCUGCCCGGACCAGUAAUGGGCUCCCAGAAUGGAAACGGUGGUUCGUUGAAGCGACCAUUGAGUCCGAUCAACACGAGCGACAAUGGCGAUUCGAAACGCACGCGGGUCGAGAUACUGAAUCGUCCUACGAUUGGACGUAUGAAUUCACCACCACUGUCAAAUUCGCGUCCUUCACCCAUUCCGUUCCGUACGCAAGCACCGCGUUCGCCAGAGGAUAGAGUGCAGCCAGGUGAUCGGGAUGCACGUCGUCAUGAUCGCAGCCCUUCGUCGUCUACGAAUACGACUGGUAUUCCAUCCACCAUGCCCCUCCCACCUCCACCAAGUGCUAUUGUCUCGUCUUCUAAUGGUCCGCCACCAAUUUCCACUAACAACCCAGUGACUCUGCCGCCGAUCGCGACGCUCACACCCGUUCCGAACUCUCCGUCUAGUGCAGGCGCGCCAUCGCCUUCCUUGGAGCAGGACCGUAUGCAAGUUGAUGUUGGUCAUGGCGGACGCAAACGACCUAAUUCUCACUCACGAUCUGGUUCGGGUUCGACUUCUCCACCAGCCGCGCCUCCACUAUCGCGCAAUAAGAUUUCCGAUGUGAUGAACCCAACAGGGCCUGGAGGCCCGGAUUCAGCGCAUGUACGUCGUAAUUCGAGCGCGCACUCGAGUCCGACGAAUACCCAGUCGCAGGGUAAUGCGAUGGUGAUGCGGAUGUCGCCGGAGGCGAAGAGCACGAGCCCACGCUCGUGAUUGAGUAGUCCAAAAGAAUGAACUGUUUUUCAUCAUCAUAUCGCAUUGCAAAACAGCUCUCUUUACGAAUUCUUAUGCCCUUCUUCGUUUCGUUUUCUCCUCUUUACUUUGUUUCUAACGCAUGCAUUCGUAACUUGUCAAUUCUGUAGCAUUGCUCUCGCGCUGUUUUUUUUUUGCAAACCAAUUUGUUUUACCCCUCCAUGUUCUUGACUUAUGCGUACCGACA